AGGUUGGAACAGAAAUAAUAACAGAAAACUAAAAGUAGCUAGCAAACUCUGGAGCUCACUGAGCAGCAACAAUGGCUACCUGUUCACUCAUUUCCUCAAACACAUCUUCUUCUUCUCAAACUCUCCACCUUCCUUCAACUAACUCCACUCUACUUUCUCUCUCUAGAACCUUCUCUCUCCGCACACCUCACACUCACCGUCGCAUCUCUUCCAUCACCACCGCUACCUACUCUCCGGCACCGGAAUCUCACCGGAACUCCUCCUCCUCCGUCACCAAAUUCCUUGACUCCUGCUUCGUAUUUUGCACUUCUGUAGCACUCUCUGUUUCUGUAUUUGUUACAGAUGUAGAUACAGCUGCUGCGUUUGUCGUCGCUACGCCUCGGAAGUUGCAGACGGAUGAACUCGCUACUGUUCGUCUAUUUCAGGAGAAUACUCCGUCGGUUGUGUAUAUUACUAAUCUAGCUUCUAGGCAGGAUGCGUUUACUCUGGACGUGUUGGAGGUGCCUCAAGGAUCUGGAUCAGGCUUUGUCUGGGAUGACAAAGGCCAUAUUGUCACAAAUUAUCAUGUUAUCAGAGGGGCAUCCGAUCUUAGGGUAACUCUUGCUGACCAGACCACUUAUGAUGCAAAAGUUGUUGGGUUUGACCAAGAUAAAGAUGUUGCAGUAUUAAGUAUUGAUGCACCAAAAGACAAAUUGAGACCCAUACCAGUUGGCGUCUCGGCUGACUUGCUUGUUGGCCAAAAAGUGUUUGCUAUUGGAAACCCAUUUGGGCUCGAUCACACACUCACAACUGGCGUUAUCAGUGGACUAAGGAGAGAAAUAAGCUCUGCGGCAACCGGGCGUCCAAUCCAAGAUGUCAUCCAGACAGACGCUGCAAUCAACCCUGGUAAUAGUGGUGGCCCGCUUCUUGAUAGCUCCGGAAGCCUUAUUGGCAUAAAUACAGCCAUUUACUCUCCAUCGGGUGCAUCCUCUGGUGUCGGUUUUUCCAUUCCAGUCGAUACAGUAAGUGGAAUUGUUGACCAAUUGGUACAAUUUGGGAAAGUAACACGACCAAUUUUAGGAAUCAAAUUUGCACCCGAUCAGUCAACCGAACAACUAGGAGUCAGCGGAGUUCUAGUCUUGGAUGCUCCUCCCGACGGUCCAGCUGGAAAAGCGGGUAUGUUAUCAACAAAACGCGAUGCUUACGGCAGACUUAUAUUGGGUGAUAUUAUAACAUCCGUAAAUGGCAAGAAGGUUGCUAAUGGAAGCGACUUAUACAGAAUUCUUGACCAAUGCAAAGUCGGUGAAACCGUUACUGUUGAGGUGUUGCGUGGCGACCGUGUAGAGAAGAUACCUGUGGUGCUUGAACCAAAGGCUGAUGAAACAUGAUUAUUUGGAAUAAGGUAAGUUGUGAAAUUAUUAUAUACUUAACAAAUAAUUGUAUGCCAUUAGGCCCAUUAUUAUUGGACUCACAUGUUAGUGCAAUGAAAGAAACUCAAUAAUAUUGCAUGUUUCAAAAUUGUUGAUGUUUUGUUGAAAUUGGUGUAAUAGUUAGGUCAUGUUCGGGUUCA